AUGUGGAAGAAAGCUAGACUGAUUCCAAUCUAUAAAGCUGAAUCACGUACUGAGAGAAACAAUUACAGGCCCAUUUCUAUAUUAGCGAUUCUAUCUAAACUCCUCGAACGACAUGUUGCCAACUCAUAUGUAAAAUUCCUCACAGAAAAUGAUAUUCUAUCAAGUUGCCAGCAUGCUUUUCGAGCCCAUCACUCUUGUGAAUCUACUCUAAUAUUGAGCUGUGAACACCUUCUCGAUAACAUUGAGCAAGGUUUAGUUAAUGGUAUAGCUCUAAUUGACCUCUCCAAAGCGUUUGACCUGGUCGAUCAUAGAUUGCUACUGCAGAAAUUAGAACAAUAUGGCAUUACUCCAAUUGCUUUAAAAUGGUUUAAAUCGUAUCUAAAUGAUCGUUACCAAGUAGUACAAAUUGCAUCAUCCCUAUCCAACCCAGCUCUGAUAAAGUCUGGUGUGCCUCAAGGAUCUAUACUGGGACCAAUUCUCUUUCUUAUCUUUAUUAACGAUUUACCCAGUUACGUUGGAAGUUCUAAGCCUUUUUUAUUUGCCGAUGACUCUACACUAAUAUCCUCCGGAUCGGACCUCAUUCACGAAUUUAGUGUCUCUCUAAAGUCAGAUAUGACCUCAGUGUCCCGUUGGACUAACCAUAACAAAAUGUCUCUUAAUCAUGGCAAGACAAAAAUAAUGAAAAUAUAUUCCCAAUCCAAAUUUCCUGAUCUUAGUCCAAUAACCAUUGAAGUCAAUAACAAUAAUGUUAAGGAGAUUACAUCCGCCAUUUUACUUGGAGUUACAUUAGACCAACAUCUGAAAUGGGAUAGGCAAAUUAAUACCAUCUACAAUAUAAUCAAUUCUAGACUUUACCUGCUCAAACGUAUACGUAGCUAUCUCACUUUUCAAUCCCGUAUUCAAUUAUAUUACGCACUAAUCUACCCACACUUGCUAUAUUGUAGCACAGUCUGGGGCAAUGCUAAUAACGAUCUAAUUACGUGCCUACUAAAACUACAGAAACGUGCAGCGAGACUAAUUCUUGAGCAGUCAACUGAAGUGCCUUCAAUUGUGCUUUUCCGUAAACUCAACUGGAUACCUAUUUUUAAUUUGAUCAAAAUGAGAAAAAUAUUAUUGGUAUUCAAUACUUUAAAAACAUCUUGGCCGCCGGAUCUUCGUAAAUUGUUUGUCUUUGUUCGCGACUCUCAUCCAAUUCCAACUAGAUCGUCUAUUACAGACUUAAAAGUUCCAUCAGUUAAGACUACGCAAGCAAAAUCCAAAAUUUCCUUCAGUGGUGCAAGUUUAUUUAAUUCUUUACCUUCCGAAUUAAAAGAUAUUGAAAAUCACUCAAUUUAUUCCUAUAAAAAGAAGCUCAAAACCUACUUUAUUCAAUUGAAUUAUGAAGUAGAUCACGUUAAUAAAUUCCGCUGCAUCGAUUGUAAGCAUAUUACUCAUUGUCAAUGUUACUCUCAAUAG